AUGCAGGCCGUGGCAGCCUCCAAUUCGGUGCUCAGCGUCAACGCAACCAGCAAGCAGGCGUCUCGCGUCUACACCUCCUCCCCCGCUCUCACCGGCGUGGAUGGGCCCUAUGGCCUGAAGCGCCAGGCCCAAAACGCCACCAAGGGCCGCAUCCUGUUCCAUGGCGUGCACCACAUCGCGCUGCUGUGCCAGAGCCUGGAGCGCUCCCUGGACUUCUACUGUGGCGUGCUGGGGCUGGAGGUCAACCCCGACCGCCCGCACGAGAAGCUGCCCUACCGCGGCGCCUGGCUGUGGAUCGGGCCGGAGAUGAUUCACCUCAUGGAGCUGCCCAAUCCCGACCCGCAGGAGGGGCGCCCCACGCACGGCGGCCGCGACCGCCACACCUGCGUGGGCGUGGAGGACAUUGAGCCUCUGGAGGCGCGGCUGAAGGAGGCGGGGGUGGAGUACACUCGCUCCAUGAGCGGCCGGCCCGCCAUCUUCUUCCGCGACCCCGAUGCCAACUGCCUGGAGGUGGUGCAGAUUGAGGCCUGGCGCUGA